UCGUGACAUCGCUGUGCUCGAAAGCUCCGCGAAGGCGCCAAGCUACACUAGUUGCUGCACGAACGGAGAACGGGCAAACUACAGUUGCUCCGAUAAUAUAUUUCGCAUGUGCCAUUUGGUUUUUGGACUUGACGCGCUAGCUUGCUCUCCAAAACCAGACGACUCAUUAGAAGCCCAACAACACAGAAGAACUCGGCGCGCCGUUGCACCACCGGCCGGCGGCCAUGAGAGGUUUCUUGGAUUCCCGAGGUUUCUUAAGUUUCUUGCUUGGAGCUGCAGCCGCCGCGGCCUGCAUCGUACUGCUACAGCCGUCUGCUCUGUGCCCGUUCGACGGCCUCACGCCGGCAGAUCGUCAAGAACUGGCAAUCUUGAGCAAUACAACUCAUGCUGCAGGUCCCUGCUCCAAGAAGCUUCACAUGGCUGCUACUUCACCGGACGACGUGAGGCUUCUGGGUCUCCUGAGGAGAGCCAGCAUGGACGACGACAAUACCAUCAUAAUGACCUUCACGAACAAGGCGUGGACGGCGCCGGGGUCGCUCAUGGACCUCUUCCUCGAGAGCUUCCGCGUAGGCGUGAGGACGGAGCCGCUCCUGAAGCACCUGGUCAUCGUCGCCGUCGACGGCAAGGCGUACGCGCGGUGCACGCAGGUGCACCCGUUCUGCUACCACCUCCGCGCCAGGGGCGCCGGCGUCGACGACUACGCGUCGGAGCAGUCGUUCAUGUCGAAGAGCUACCUGGACCUGAUGUGGCGCCGGAACCGGUUCCAGGCGCGGGUGCUGCAGCUCGGCUACAGCUUCGUCUUCACGGACAUGGACAUCCUCUGGCUGCGGAACCCGCUGCUGCGCGUGCCCGUCGGCGCCGACCUCGCCAUGUCCGCCGACUACUUCUACGGCGACAACCCGUACGACCUGAACAAGACGGCCAACGGAGGGUUCGUGUACGCCAAGGCGAGCGCCAGGACGGCGGCGUUCUACGACGGCUGGUACGAGGCGCGGAGGGAGCACCCGGGGAAGAACGAGCAGGACGUGUUCGAUCAGGCGAAGCACGCGCUGGCGGCGCGGCACGGCGUCCGGGUGCAGUUCGUGGACACGGCCUACCUUAGCGGCUUCUGCGAGCUCCGCAAGGACUUCCACGUGGUGUGCACGGUCCACGGCAACUGCCUCUUCGGGCUCAAGGACAAGCUCCAGAAGCUCACCCAGGUGUUGGACGAGUGGAAGCAGUUCAGGGCCGACGCCGCGCGGAUGGGCAGCAACACCACCGCGCUCACGGACUGAUGAAUGAAUUGCUAGCAUAGCAGCCGCGGCCCUACGUCCGUGUGAUCUUUCUCAACAUGCAUGUCCGUGUUUCAGUACAGGAGAAAAACAAGCUUCGCACAACAAACCGAGCAAUACAUUGUUUUUUUUUCCCGAUCAGUAUCAUCAUAGUAUGAUUCUAUGGGAUUGGAUUUUUUUUGCAGAUUUGUUUUGUGUAUAACAGGCUAACAGCGGAUCCCUUUAGAAUCUGAGAAGAUACACAGUACGUCAUGAUUUUGAUUU